GAAAUGUCUGUGCAAUCCUUAGUAACCAAGAAGCGAAGAGAAUUUAUCGGCCUUCCGGCACCUUUAGGCUAUGCUGCUGGUAUCGGUCGCGGAGCUAUCGCCUUUACAACAAGAUCGGAUAUAGGUCCUGCUCGUGAGGCCAAUGAUGUUUCUGACGAACGGCACGUUGCCCCCUCUAAACGCAGGAAGGAGCAGGAAGCCGAGGAGGAUGAGGAUCUGAAUGAGUCCAACUAUGAUGAGUUCACCGGUUACGGCGGUAGUCUCUGUUCCAAGGAUCCAUAUGAGAAAGAUGACCAGGAAGCGGAUGCCAUUUAUGCCUCAAUCGACGAUCGCAUGGACGAAAGACGCCGCGAGUAUCGCGAAAAGCGAUACAAGGAGGAAAUUGAGCGCUACCGUCGUGAACGACCGAAAAUCCAGCAACAGUUUAUGGAUUUGAAACGCGAUCUGGCAAACGUUACCGAGAGCGAAUGGAAUGCCUUACCUGAAGUUGGAGACGCACGAAAUCGCAAACAGCGCAACCCCCGCUAUGAGCGUUUCACUCCCGUUCCUGACAGUGUAAUCGCAAAGGGAUUGGCGGAAGGACAGACCACAACUGCCGUGAAUCAGAGAGAGCAGCUUUUCGGUGGGCUCACAACUCCCUACGGCACUCAAACGCAGCAAGUGGACAUAGACAUGAAGAAGAUUGGGGAGGCGCGCACAUCCCUGAUGGAUAUCAAACUUACCCAGGUAUCUGACAAUGUGUCUGGUCAAACAGUUGUGGAUCCCAAAGGCUACUUGACCGAUUUACAGUCAAUGAUUCCGCAGCAUGGUGGGGACAUUAAUGACAUGAAAAAAGCUCGUCUCUUGUUAAAAUCUGUUCGCGAAACCAAUCCGAAACACGCGCCCGCUUGGAUUGCUUCCGCCCGAUUGGAGGAGAUUGCAGGCAAACUGCAGGUUGCACGAAACUUGAUUUUGCACGGUUGCGACGAGUGUCCGAAAUCGGAGGAUAUCUGGUUAGAGGCUGCUCGUUUGGUACAACCAGAGCAAGCCAAGUCUGUCGUAGCUCAAGGCAUCCGGCAUCUUCCGCAGGCUGUCCGCCUUUGGGUUAAGGCUGCUGCACUUGAAACCGAAGUGAAGGCGAAGAAGAUUGUUUUCAAAAAAGCUCUGGAGCAAGUGCCUAACUCGGUUCGUCUGUGGAAGCUGGCCGUUGAGUUAGAGGACGAAGAGGACGCCCGACUGAUGCUUAGUUUGGCUGUAGAAUGUUGCCCGACUUCAGUUGAACUGUGGCUCGCGCUCGCCCGCCUGGAAACUUAUGAGCAGGCUAGGGUCGUCCUCAACAAAGCGCGAGAAAGCAUUCCGACCGACAGACAGAUUUGGUUCGCUGCUGCCAGACUUGAGGAAGCCCAGGGAAAUCACGCGAUGGUUCCUAAAAUUGUAGAUCGUGGAGUUGCCUCUUUGCAAGCCAAUAUGGUCGAAGUCAAUCGGGACCAGUGGAUCAAAGAUGCUGAAGAGUGUGAAGCAGCCAAGAGUGUCCUCACUGCUCAAUCCAUUAUAAAAUCAAUAAUCGGCUUCGGUCUUGAGGAACAAGACAAGAAGCACACUUGGCUAUCGGAUGCCGAAAACUGUGCCUCUGAUGGAGCUAUUGAGUGUGCCAGAGCCAUAUACGCCGUUGCUCUUGCCCACUUUCCCACAAAGAAAAGCAUCUGGCUCCGGGCUGCCUACUUCGAGCGAGAUCACGGUACUCGAGGCACGUUAGAGGAACUGCUGCGUCAAGCCGUUACUCAUUGUCCACAAGCGGAAAUUCUUUGGCUCAUGGCAGCGAAAACACGCUGGUUGGCUGGUGAUGUACCUGCCGCACGGUCAAUACUUGCCCGAGCAUUCGAGGCGAAUCCGAACUCAGAAGAGAUCUGGCUAGCUGCAGUCAAGUUGGAGUCGGAAAAUAGCGAAUACGCCCGAGCCAGGCGUCUCUUGGCCAAAGCGCGUGCGUCCGCUUCAACGGCACGAGUUUGGAUGAAGUCCGCUCGCCUGGAGUGGUGUUUAGGUGAGUUGGCGGAGGCACUGCGUAUGCUUGAAGAAGCCACUGGAAUCUACCGCCAGGCACCUAAACUGUGGCUUAUGCUCGGACAGGUUUUGGAAGAUCUCGCGAAUCAAGACUCUGUCUCUACUGACGACACACGAUCUUACAUGGAACGUGCUCGUUCUGCAUACCGGGAUGGCGUAACUCACAACCCUACAUGCACUUCCCUGUGGCUGCAAAUGGCAGCAUUUGAGGAGCGCUGCGGUUCCAUCACAAAGGCCCGUUCCAUUCUCGAGAAGGCUCGCACCCAGAAUCCAAAAACACCCGAAAUUUGGUAA